AUGGCCUCUGUUGAGGGAAGUAUGCCAUCUAUGGAUGAUUCAAGUAAUACUUCAUCCACUCAAAUAACUGGGGUUAGAGGUAAAAGUGAUCCUGCAUGGAAUCAUUGUAGAGAAGCUCCUGAACUUAGUGGUAAUAUCAAAAGAAUGAAAUUGGCAUGCUUGUAUUGUGGAAAGUCAUUUGCUGGUGGUGGGAUCAAUCGCUUCAAACAACAUCUUGCAGGAGUAAAAGGAGAAGUAGAAUCAUGUCGCAAGGUGCCGGCAGAUAUUCGCCAUCAAAUGAUACAAAAUAUUCAAGCUAUUAGUGAAAAGAAGAAAAGAACAAAGGAAAUGGGUGAAGAUUACAAUCCCUUUAGUGCAAGGCAUAAGGAACAUGAGGAACAAGUAUAUUAUAGACAAUUAGGUGAAGAUGAUGACAUACAAGAAAUUCCUCCCUCAUCAAACAAGUCUAUGGGUAAUACAAGAGGUAAAAAUAUAGAAGGUGGAAAAGAAAAACAACUAGGAACAAUUGAAAAUUAUUUCAUGCCAAGAACAACUCCUGGUGCUCAACCAACUAUAAAAAGCUUGUUGCAAAACAAAGAAGCAGUUGAAAGGUGUGAUCUUGCAGUGGCAAAAUGGAUGAUAGAUGCAUGUGUGCCAUUUAAUGGUGUCAACUCUAAGUAUUAUCAGUGCAUGAUAGAUGCCAUAGCUAGUAUGGGGCCUGGUUACAAAGCUCCAAAUUUUCAUUCUGUUCAUGGCUAUUUGUUAACCAAGAAUAUUGAUGAGAGGGACCGUAUUUUUGAAAGCGUGGAUGCUUCAGAUACCUCAAAGACAGCUGAUAUGUUGUACAAGUUGUUCAAAGAAAUUGUCAUGUCCGUUGGUUUUGAAAAUAUGGUUCAUGUAGUGACUGAUAAUGCUGCAAACUAUAUUGCUGCCGGUAAAAAGUUGGAGUAA